GGAGCAACCGCCCAUGGAGGGGGAUCGAAACCGAGAAUGAAGACGUCUUCACUUGUACCCCUGCUGCUUUUGGCUUUGAUUGUGCCAGAGUGUCAAGCCUUUUUGCCUCCGUCGAACUCACCACGCGGUAGAAUCGGUGGCCUUUUUUCUCAACCGUUUACGGACGGUCGGAACAGUGGCGACAAUGGCGUUCCGCCAUCGGAUGACAUCGGGCACUUACAAGCUUGGGAUGGCUUCGAGGGUCCGACUCUCUUGGCCUCUAUUAUUCGGAAGAACGAUACCGAUGCUCCGUCGGGACUUCGUGGUGGUGGCGAUGUCGUCAAGGGCACGCAGGCUACGCUUUCCUCAACGGCCAAAAAGAAGGUCGCCAACUCUUUCAAAAGCAAAGAAGUCAAGAAAGAAGAAGAGCUUCUGCAUCAACUGAAAAAUAUGCCGAUCCAGAGAGUUGUGGUUCCCAAUUCAACCGUCCUUCCCAACGAGGUUAUACAGUUGGCGGCGAACCGAGCCGGUGUGGUUGGCCACCCGUUGCAGUCCACUAGCAUUCAAAGCUUUGCCAAGUCACUCAAAGAAUGGUAUAUUCGGAAAGGCUACAUUCUUCAUUCCGUCACGGGGGCAACACUACAAUCCGAAACAGGUACGGCAAUCAUCACGGUACAAGAACCUGCCGUCUCCAAAGACCCUGUCGGUAUCACGUUUUGCAAGGAAAUGGUUGUGGAUGAAGAAACGGGAAAUCUCCUCACCUUUCGCCAGUACAAGGACAAACAUCAGAAUCGACGCACGUUGGGUUUCGACAAGAUAACCAAGGCGGAUCUCAACACUACGUUUGUGCCAACAGCGGGCCACACCCGACCGAAUCGUAUUGCCUCUGCUUUAGGCCUUUCGCCCGGAAAUCCCUUCCAAUGGGACGGUAUUCGCUGGCAACAAAUUGCCUCUAGCGGAAUUUUUGCUCAAGUCUUGAGGGCCACCCCUCAACCCAUGCAGGACGGGACGGUGCAACUACACAUUUUGGCUACCGAAGCUCCGACCCGGCAUUUGGAAUAUGGACUGGGGAAAUCGCUGUACACGGGGUCCUGGGAAGGUGAACUGGACUUUGAGCACAUCAACUUGCUUGGGGGAGGCGAAUCGCUGGGACUUAGUGUUCGUCGAGGUACUAAAGACGCGGAGCCAAGCAUACGGUUGAGUUUUACGGACAGUAAAUUUGGUUUGGGUGGUGGAUACGACCUAGAAGUUUUUAGUGACUUUAUUGGCGAUCAACCGGAAGAAAUGCAAGAGGGGGAACUACCCCCCGACUACGAUCAUGAUUCAAUUCUGGAUCGCAAGGGUGCAACUGUUCGGCUACGCAAUCCAAUAUGCUCCAGGAUAGUUCGCAAUAGUGUGGCCAGUGGCUCUCUGGAGCGGACGGCAACCAAGACGGGUCUCCACGAAACAAUUGGAAGUACCACACUUGCGGUCGGACCAUUUGUGAAACGACUUCCCUACGACGCACGGUCUAGCAUUGAUGCCAAAUGCUCACUUGGUACCAGACUCUUUGCUGCAUCUUCGACCACAGAAGAGGCGAAUGCUCUUUUGCCGCCUCUCAAAUUGAAGCCGUACACUUCUGCAACAGCGACCACACGGCAAAUAUUUCCUUUGUUGGCAUCGUUUGGACCGGGAGGGCGUCCUUUGAUUUUGGCACUGAAGCAUUCAAUUACGACGGCGACGCCCAAUCUUCCCCGUCACGAAGCCAAAGCUCAGGGCAUCGCACACAAUAUUCGAGGCUCGUCAUUGAACGGACGAGUAGCAUCGGCGUUGACGGGAACGACAGAACUGCGUGUGCCCAUCGACAUUCCUGUGGUCCAAAUUCGCCAGGAUACCAACGUUGUGUUCUUUGGUGACUGGCUGUUUGCUGCGAAAGACUCGCAGAGCUCUUUUCGCCGCAAAUCUUGUGUCGGCGUGGGAGUGCGUAAGAGUGUACAAGGCAUUCCACUCAAAUACGAUCUUUGCUAUUCCAGCGACGACGGCAAGUUUCAAUCGGCAUUCGGCCUCGGCGCGGAUUUUGAUUUUUAGCUACCGUUGUAUUCUGUGUAUCGAUAGUAUCCAAAUAUACGAAUAAAUGCUUAACUGUAAGCAAACGAAAGUCAGUAGU